UGGCCACGUUGCCUGGCAACCAGGUAGCUGUGUCCCUUGAGCUGGGUCCACACAGCUGCGCCCAGCCCUGCCUGGCUUCUCCCGGGCCUGCGGGACCCCUGGGGCCCUAUUCUUAUUCCCAGACACCAGGACAGCUGGUGCCUCUGGUCACAAUGAAUGCUGUUCUCUUCAGGGACAGCCAGGUGAGGGUGAUGGAAGACACCGUGACCAACGCUGAGAAGUACUUCGGCCAGUUCUGCUCGGUGCUGGCAGCCUACACCCGCAAGACGGCCCGGCUUCGGGACAAGGCCGACCAGCUGGUCAAACAGCUCAUUGGCUUUGCCAACACCGAGAACCCUGAGAUGCGGGCCACCAUGAGGAGCUUCGCGGAGGACCUGGCCAAAGUGCAGGACUACCGGCAGGCCGAGGUGGAGAGGCUGGAGACCAAGGUCGUCAACCCCCUGAAACUCUACAGGGUGCAGAUAAAGCAGACGCGGGCUGAGAUCAAGAAAUUCAAGCAUGUCCGGAAAAACGAAAUCAAACAACUGGAAAAGCUGGAGAAACUGAGACAGAAGUCGCCUUCGGAUAGGCGAAUGAUCUCCCAGGCGGAGACCAGUGUCCAGAGGGCCUCAGUGGAUGCCAGCCGCACCACCCACCAGUUGGAGGAGACGGUGGAUGCCUUCCAGAAGCAGAAGCUGAAGGACCUACAGAAAAUUUUUUUGGACUUUGUAACCAUUGAGAUGAUCUUCCAUGCCAAAGCAGUGGAGGUGUAUUCCAGUGCCUUCCAGGCCCUGGAGAACUACGACUUGGACAGAGACCUGGAGGAUUUCAGAGCGAAGAUGCAUGGGGUCUAUGAGCACAGUGACGCUCGGCUGCUCACGGACAACUUCCUGUCUCAGGCGGCCCCGUGGUCCUUCGCUGGCCAGGGCGCUCAGAGCACCACCCGGAGCCAGGGGCAGGAGGAGGGGAGCGUGGACGACUCUGCCGGGGAGGACCCCGUGGAGGACCUCAGGGGCCAGGGGCCAGGGCUCCAUCAGUAGGACAGGACCUCCCCCAUCGGGAGACUGACACUGGGUGCUUGGGCUCUGUGUCCCCCCAGUCCCCAGUGAAUCACAUGUCCUCUGAGCUCCAGUUUCCUCAUCUGUACAGAUGCUCAAUAAAUGCAAAGUGCUCAUACCCUGAGUUGUGCUGGGCCUCACCUUCCACCUUAGGACUUGCGGGCUCGGCCGUUCAUGCUGAGAACUUGGUCAAGGGU